AUGAAGUUCCUUACUAUCGGUUCAUUUUUGGCUUUGUCCGGAUUGGCUGCUGCCGGACAUUUACAUGGGCAUGGUCUAACCAGUUAUUCGGUAGUAACUAAACAUGAACCCUCCAUACAUCAUAGUUGGUCUCAUGGUCACGAUAGUGACAGUCAUGGUUUGUCCGCUAGCCAUGGUUACGAGAGCCAUCAUGGCUGGGAGGGACAUCAAGAAAGUCAUAUCGUAUCCAGUGAUUCCAGCCAUGAUGCUGGUCAUGGUCACGAAUGGCAACAUGAUGAACAUUAUGAUGAAUACGCUCAUCCUAAAUAUGAAUUUAAAUAUGGUGUCAAGGAUCCCAAGACUGGUGAUGUUAAGGAUCAAUGGGAAGAGAGAGAUGGUGACAAAGUUAAGGGCGGCUAUACCUUGAAGGAAGCUGAUGGUACUACCCGUAUUGUGGAAUACCACGCCGAUAAACAUAAUGGCUUCAAUGCUGUAGUCAAAAAUGUUGGUCAUGCCCAUCACGAGGAAGCUCAUCAUGUUGAACACGAACAUGGACAUAGCCAUGGUUGGUAG